AUGCCGAAGUCUCCCUCCUCUCCAGUCAGCUGCCACGCUACAGGUUUCUACCCUGACAGAGCCAUGAUGUUCUGGAGGAAAGAUGGAGAGGAGAUUCAUGAGGACGUGGACAUCGGAGAGAUCCUCCCCAACCAUGAUGGAUCCUUCCAGAUGAGUGUUGACCUGAACCUUUCAUCAGUCCCACCUGAAGACUGGAGGAGGUACGACUGUGUGUUUCAUCUCUUUGGUGUGAAGGACGACAUCAUCACCAAACUGGACAAAGCAGUGAUCAGGACCAACUUGGUUUCUCCCUCACAGUUUCCUGCUGGUGCUGUUAUUGGAGUUGUUGUAGGACUGCUGCAGCUGCUGACACUCUGCAUCACUGGACUCUUCAGCUGGAGAAGGAACCAUCAUGGUGCCCACAUUUUCCAGAGGAUGAGUGGCUGUGAGUGGGACGAUGAGACUGGAGAGGUUAUAGGUUUUAUGCAUUACGGUUAUGAUGGAGAAGACUUCCUUGCAUUUGACCUGAAGACACUGACAUGGAUCGCUCCAAAACCACAGGCUGUCAUCACCAAACUGAGAUGGGAUGCUGAGAAAUCUAGAACAAAAUACAAUCAGAAUUACCUCGCUCAGAUUUGUCCUGAGUGGCUGAAGAUGUAUGUGGACUAUGGGAAGAGCGCUCUGAUGAGAACAGUGUCUCUCCUCCAGAAGUCUCCCUCCUCUCCAGUCAGCUGCCACGCUACAGGUUUCUACCCUGACAGAGCCAUGAUGUUCUGGAGGAAAGAUGGAGAGGAGAUUCAUGAGGACGUGGACCACGGAGAGAUCCUCCCCAACCAUGAUGGAUCCUUCCAGAUGAGUGUUGACCUGGACCUUUCAUCAGUCCCACCUGAAGACUGGAGGAGGUACGACUGUGUGUUUCAUCUCUCUGGUGUGAAGGAUGACAUCAUCACCAAACUGGACAAAGCAGUGAUCAGGACCAACUGGGUUUCUCCCUCACAGUUUCCUGCUGGUGCUGUUAUUGGAGUUGUUGUAGGACUGCUGCUGCUGACACUCUGCAUCACUGGACUCUGCAUCUGGAGAAGGAACAAUCAUGGUGAGUGA